AUGGGCUCUCUGUGGGCCCUGGCUCUGCCCCUUCUCUUGUGCUGCUGGGAUGGUGGAGCCCCUGGGAGCUCUGCAGGCUCCAGCACCCAUGGACCAAGCCCUUUGGUGACAAUGAAUCACACAGAAGUGCCUGCUGUGACUCUGGGGGUCAACACAAGCUUAGAGGGAGCCUCCAAGACCACCCACCUUGCUCAAGCCUAUGUGCCAAGUCACACCCCUUUAGAAACUCAAACCCGGGGCACCCAGGCCUUUGAUAAGACCGUACUCCCAGCCAGCACCAUCUCAGAAGCAAAGAUCAGGGAAACCCAAACCGUAUCUCCUGCAACAGAGACCAGGGCCCUCACAAAAAUAACCCCUUCCAAGUCCGUGUCUGUGGUCACUACUUCUAUGGAGACAUCAGCCACAAGGGACAUCCCUGCAGGAACUGGAAUGACCACAGUUGAGACUGUGACAGAUAGUGGUCUCAUGGAAGCUGUCUUUGACACCCUUUGUACUGAUGACAGCUCUGAAGAGAAGAGGAUCACCAUUGAUGCCUUGACAUUGGCUCACACCUCUGCAGAAGCCAGGGCUCUGGCCUUGGAGAGCAACUCAGCUCCAGAUAUCACCUCACAAGCCCAGGAACCUGACAUCACUGUUCCACCUAAAGCCUUGGUUGCCUACAGGAUCACCAACAUUGAGGCUACUAAUUGCAACAUUAUAGAAAUAGAAGAAACUGCCAUCCUCCCUGGGACCUCAGACCUCGAUGACAGCCCCACAGGAGGAAAGACCCCAUCCACCCCUAAGACAUCAGCUUUGCCUGACCUCACUAAAGCAAAACCACAUCUCACCAGGGCCACAACCCCUUCUGAGGCCUUGUCAACUGACAGCACCACAGAAUCAGCUGAGACCCCACACACUGCCAACCGCCUUACAGGAGAAACAACAGCAGCUGAGGCCACCACCCCCAGUGGAACUUUGGUGACAGUAAGCAUGAACCCCUUGGAAGAAACCUCAGCCCCCUCUGUUGAGACAACAAGCCACGCUGAGGUCUUAGGAGCAGUUCCAAUUUCCACAGAGGCUGGGUCAACAGUGGGCAGAGCAACUUCCUGUGCUGAGUCCUCAGCUAUGGGCUACAGCCUCUCAGAUGUAGCCACCAUCAAGGAAUCCACUCGCUCAGAGACUUCUACCACAGACAGCACAACCAGUGGGCCCAUUCCCAUCAGCAGGAGUCCUCUUCCUUCUGUCCAUCUGGCUGCAGCCAACAGCAGCCAAGAAACAGACAUCACCUUAGCCAAGACCACAGCCUCAGCAAAGACCUCGAGGAUAGCCAGCAUGGCCGGGGGAAAGUCCCCAACAGCCACAUCCACCACUGCUCGGACCCCGGGAGUUACUACAGGUGGGGAUGAAGGCUUUCUCCUCCUGAGACUGAGGGUGGCCUCCCCAGAAGACCUCACUGACCCCAGAGUGGCAGAGAGACUGAUGCACCAGCUCCGCCAUGAACUGCACACCCACCUGCCUCCCAUCCAAGUCUCUCUGCUGCGUGCCAGGAGGGACUAG